AUGCCUCCCAAAGACCCUGAACGCGCUGCAGAGAAAGCGGCCCGCGAGGCGCGUAUCCAGCAAGCUGUUGCUGAAGCUCGCACCCUCGAAAAGCCAAACUUCAGUGCCCUGUCUCGCAAAUAUGACCUCCGUCGCGAUGUCAUCAAGUAUCGUCUAACUGGUAUCCUGUCCCAAAGGGUACCCGUAUCGCUGAAAAAUCGAUUUACACUAGCACAAGAUACGGCGCUGACCAAAUACUGCCACCAACUCGAUGAAGCGAACAUCGCUGCUACCGGCGGGAUGAUCGAGAUUACUGGGAACUAUCUGCUACGUCGAGGUCCACGAGGGCGCGACUGCGCGCUUCUCUCAAAGAUGUGGGCGUAUCGCUUCUUGGAGCGCAUGAAUAUCGAACUUCGGCAUCCGAAUAAAGUGCGUGUGAACCUCAAAAGACUCAAAGAUGAGCAUUUGGACGUCUUUGUGGAUUGGUUUAGCCAGCUGAAGAGUAAGGUCGAGGAACAUGAUAUCGGUCCGUCGAAUAUUUACAAUAUGUCGCUCGGUUUUCAGUUCCAUCAACGAGGUCUGCGAAGGGGAGUUGUUACGGAUAUUGAGGGCAGCGAUACGUCUGCUGCUGCACGCUUGAAGAGCGGGUUCUUAACCACGAUUGAGUUUAUGAGCGCGCGCCGGGCUGCGUUCAAUGAACUGACCAUCCGCGAUAUGUUCGCCAAUUGUGGCAUCUGGCCCAUUGACUCGGAGAAGAUCAUUCGGCCACUACGGGACCAGCUCGCGGAAAUUCAGGAAACUGAAGCCGUACGUGAGCAGCUGUGCAGCGAACCUACCCCCGAGCCCCGUGCACCCAGCCCUCCACCACGAGCGAUUCGCAUAGUACGUGCUCGAGCUGAAGAAGCCGUUGCCUUGCAAAAGAAGGAUGCAAACCAAGUCAGGCAUCAACUCCGCCAAAUUUAUAAUCUCAAUCUCAGGACAUGCGGGAUGGUGCUUCAGCUCCAAGAGGAUAUGAAGCGGAAGAUGGAUUUCCAGCAGCAACGGCCACAGAAUAGACCACUACCGGACAAGGUUCUACCGCGCAGGGAUAUCAAGACAUCCAGACUGGCCCUUUCGCGUGUUGGAAGGAAGAAAUUAGCAGCCCAGGCGAGGCGGAGGAAGAAUCGGGCGAAAUAUGGGAUCGCAGGAGCUAGUAAGCGACUAGCAGCUUCAGAUAUUGUGGAGAUAGAUUAG